GAUUACGACAUCAAAGUGGAGCAGGCGGAGUUCUCAGACAUCAACCUUGUUUCACAUUCCAAUGGAACCUGCAACGUGGACAUGCAGGUUGUCCGGAGCGGCACCAAAGUGGUCAGGUCCUUCAAGCCUGACUUUGUCUUGGUUCGCCAGCACGCCUUCAGCAUGGCCCAAAACGAGGACUUUAGGAACCUGAUCAUCGGGCUUCAGUACGCAGGCGUCCCCUCCGUCAACUCUCUGGACUCCAUCUACAACCUCUGCGACAAACCCUGGGCUUUUUCUCAGCUGAUCAAUUAUCAGAAGCGGCUGGGCGCGGACAAAUUCCCCCUCAUCAAUCAGACGUUCUACCCCAACUACAGGGACAUGAUUACAACACCAAGUUUCCCAGUUGUGGUGAAGAUCGGGCACGCUCACUCUGGAAUGGGAAAGGUUAAAGUGGAUAAUGUGAGUGACUUCCAGGAUAUUGCCAGUGUUGUGGCCAUCACUCAAACCUACUGUACUACAGAGCCAUUUGUAGAUGCCAAAUAUGACAUCAGGGUCCAGAAAAUUGGCACAGACUAUAAAGCUUACAUGCGAACAUCCAUCUCUGGUAAUUGGAAAAGCAACACUGGAUCUGCCAUGCUGGAACAAGUAGCCAUGACUGACAAGUAUAAGCAGUGGGUUGAUACCUGCUCAGAGAUCUUUGGAGGGCUGGAUAUCUGUGCUGUCAAGGCCAUCUGUGGCAAGGACGGGAAUGACUAUAUUAUUGAGGUUGUGGGUUCAUCUAUGCAGCUGAUUGGUGAUCACCAGGCGGAGGAUCGCCAACUCAUUUCUGAGGUGGUGCUGACUAAGAUGAACCAAGUUCUGGCCGUCAGGUCAUCUAGUGCUUCCCGCUCACCUGCCCGCUCCCCUCAAGGCCAGAAACCAACAACCGUGCAACCCCAACAGAGUGGUCCAGUUAAGGAAGGACUGGCAGAUCCGAACAGGAGCUCAGGCCAUCGCCCUCAACCUCAAGGUGCGUCGCUGAAAUCACAAAGUGUGGAGAUAUCAGGAGAAUCGGCUAAAAGAGCACCAGAAUCUGUACCAAAGCCCGAUCAGGCCCAGAAACCUGGUCCUGGUCAGAAACCAGCCCACGCUCAGAAACCAAGCCCAGUCCAGAAGGCCGCUUCUGUCACAAAGCCUCCUGUUCAGAGGCCCCCGCCCAUGACCAGAGCCCCAUCUGUGACAAAGUCCACCCAAGAUUCUGCCUCCAGCUCAUCCCCGUCCAAAGCUUCACCAUCAUCUCCAGCUAAAGCAGCAGCAGCUGCUGCAGCUCCGGGCUCUCCUCCUGCCUCUCCCGCAGCCUCUGCUGCCACCACAGAGCAGCCUAAGCCCCAAACACAAGGCUCCCCAUCAGCGGCGCCUGGCAAACCUAAAGAGCUGCCCCCAAAACCCGCACCACCUGCGAAGCCCAUCCCUCCCGUGCGCAGGAAUUCCAAGCCACAGCUUCAGCCAAAGCCACAAACCCCACCUCCACCUAAAGCUUCGCCCAAAUCCCAGCCUGCUGCCCCAGCCCAAGGCUUGGAGUCCACUCAGGCUUCGGAUGCUGCCCCGGCACAGCCUCAGUCCCCGGCCAAAACAAACCAGUCCCCACCUCAUGUUCAGUCUCCAGCUAAAACUAACCCCCCGGCCAAGCCAGCCUCUUCUCCUCCGAACCCUGAGCCUGCUCCAGCUGAAGCAGCCGCCACUGAUGCCCCGGCUCCUGUUGAAGAACAACCCCAGCAGAAGACCCAUCCUUUACUGAACAAGUCCCAGUCUCUGACCAAUGCCUUCAACGCCUUUAGCGACUCCUCUUUCUUCCGCGGGGUCUCGGGCUCCAGUGGCGAUGGGCAAGAAGAGGCAAAGGCUGAAACCAUUCGCAACCUUCGAAAGUCCUUCGCCAGCCUUUUCUCUGACUAAACUACAGCCGAAUUGCAGUCAGCCCCUUAUCGAUGCUGGCCAUCCUUUUACCAAUGGCCAGAUGUCGACAUUGAGAUUUUAUGUGAUCCAGUCUGAGAUUAAAGUUUAUGUGUUAACUGUACUUUAUUCCCUACAUCCCUCUUCAGCUAAACUUUCAGCUUCUGUGUGAGUAACAAUGUGAUGUUUAACGACAGAAUAACAAGUCUGAAGGAGUUACGUCAUUGAUAUAUGAUAGAUUAUAUUAUAGUAGAGUAGAUCAGAAUUAAAAAGAAAGCUUUAUUUUCCCAUAGCACAUAAAAUGAACUUAUUCAGAAAUACGUGGAGAGUGUCACAUUUAAGAUUACAGAAAACUUGUACAUACAAUAUAAUAUAGUAUAUGAAUAUAAAUAUAUAUAACUAUAAAGGGACAUAAGCCAAUUAAAGAAAAAAACAUCCAUCAGGACUUUUUAAUAAGCUUUUGUCAGUGACAUAACUCUUUCAUUCAGUGGAUUUAUACAAACUUUACCUAAACAAACAUUUGACAUGUAACGGUUUUCCUUAACAUCAGUAUCGUCAGUGAGUAAAGGGGCUUGAAAAAGAUUUUUGAACGGGUUUGUUUCUCUGUAACUUCAACUGUAUUGUCUCUGGUGAGCUACCUACUGCCAGGCUCAUCCUGCCUGGUCCCUUUUUGUCUGAAGAUUCUCAAAAGUCCAUCUUUUUUGUGAGGGAAUUGGAACUACGUGCGUUCAUCUGUGUUCACUAUUUGUGCAUGGCUCCUCCAAGUGGCUAAAUGUGACUUUUGGAACAGAUGGGAGCUCUAUCAGUGUUGAGUUUUGCCCUUCGUUGCCUCUCUCUAGAUGUUGUAGCCUUAUUGUGAACGUGUUCGAUUCACAGCUGCAUUUCGUUAGCUGUAGACUUGGGUCGAUCACAUAACCUGGAAUGCAUUUGUUUACUUUGAAGUAAAGGCCAAGUUUGAUUGGAACUGUUUGGGAGCAGAUUGCCGCCUGACCAAAUCCAUUUUGUAGAGUAAAUUAAUGCAUUUCAGGUAAUUUACUCAUGUCUGUAGAUGUGACUGGUGAUUUCUUGUUUCACCUCUUGUGUAGAUCUAUCAACAGUGUUGUACUUUGUUGAUUACUCUCAUUAAAAGACAUUGAGACAGUAGUGCAAUAACACCUCGACAUGACUGUUGAGCGCUGUCACCAUUAUUUAAAUAUCACACAUACAGGAUUUUGUGCAUCUGUUCAUACUUUCUUCUUACAUCCCCUUUAAGAUUCCCUUCAAUAGUAAAUUUCCAGGUCGCUCUUAACCUGCAGGAAACAGCAGGAAGUCAGUGAAACAGGCUACUAAAGUGUUGGGGUUUAUAACUAAUCUGAUUUGUGUGGAUAAAGAGAAUUUAUUGCAAUCUGGAAAACAACCUCUUCCUUCAUUCUUUAAACUACAGCAUUCCAAGCACAUGCAGUGUGAGUAAAAAGAAAGUAAUCUCAACUCGUCGUAACCCAAGUCAUUGCAGCCUGUCUGCUUAUCCGUCCCCAGCACUACCUUCAAAGUACAUUUGAGCAUAAUGUAUUUGUAUAAGUGUCAACCCAGAAGUUUAUUUUUUGUAAUACAUGGGUGAUUUAUUUUUGACGCUUCGUAUUUAUGGUAGUGUUUUGUAUUGUGUUUUUUAUUUGUAAUGCAAUAUCGCUUUGCAUGAUCUGGUGACUGACGUUUUUUUUUUUCUUUUCUUUUUCUGUAAAGAUACAAAAAAAGUCAAUAAAGUUGUGGUUCUAUCAUUCCACCGAUUCACCGAGA